AUGCAGUUUGUGUCCACACGGCCGCAGCCGCAGCAGCUGGGCAUCCAGGGCCUGGGGCUGGACGGCGGGAGCUGGAGCUGGGCGCAGGCCCUGCCCGCGGAGGAGGUCUGCCACCAGGACCCGGCGCUGCGCGGGGAAAUGGCCGAGGGGAUGCCGCCCAUGCAGGCUCAAGAAUGGGACAUGGAUGCCCGGCGGCCUAUGCCUUUCCAGUUCCCGCCCUUCCCAGACAGAGCGCCCGUCUUCCCUGACCGCGUGAUGAGAGAGCCCCAGCUGCCCACGGCCGAGAUCUCCCUCUGGACCGUGGUGGCCGCCAUUCAAGCCGUGGAGAGGAAGGUGGAUGCCCAGGCCAGCCAGCUGCUCAAUCUGGAGGGACGGACGGGGACGGCCGAGAAGAAGCUGGCCGACUGCGAGAAGACGGCCGUGGAGUUCGGGAACCACAUGGAGAGCAAGUGGGCCGUGCUGGGGACCCUGCUGCAGGAGUACGGGCUGCUGCAGAGGCGGCUGGAGAACAUGGAGAACCUGCUGAGGAACAGGAACUUCUGGGUCCUGCGGCUGCCCCCGGGCAGCAAGGGGGAGGUCCCCAAGGUUCCGGUGACUUUUGUCGACAUCGCUGUGUACUUCUCUGAGGACGAGUGGAAGAACUUGGACGGAUGGCAGAAGGAGCUUUACAACAACCUCGUGAAGGAGAACUACAAAACCCUCAUGUCCCUGGACGCAGAGGGCCCUGGGCCCAAGCCGGAGGCCCCCUCCCAGGCAGAGCCCCGGGAAGAGCCUUGCGUGUGGGAGCAGCGGAACCCGGAAGAGAGAGAAAUCCUGAUGGAUCCUGACACAGGACCGGAGCCCCUGGUGCCCGCACAAGACUCGUCUCAGGUGAAGCGUGAGGAAGCCCUGUGCGCCCGGGGUCCACGGGGCCUGGAGGAGAGAGCUAUCCCCACGGAGUCCAUCACCGAUUCGCCAGCCUCUGCCCAGGACCUCCUGUCCCGAAUCAAGCAGGAGGAGAACCCGUGCGUGUGGGAUCAGCAGGACUUGGCAGAGAGAGAUAUUCCAACGGACCCCAAUUCAGAGUCUCUGAUCUCAGCACAUGACAUUUUGUCAUGGAUCAAGCAGGAGGAGCAGCCGUACCCGUGGGGCCCUCGAGACUCGAUGGAAGGAGAGCUGGGAUUGGACUCUGGCCCCAGUGACAACCUGCUGCUGGUGAAGAACCCGGCCCCAGCCCAGCCGCCCCAGCCCGCUCCGCCGAGCCUGCCCCCGCCUCCGGUGGCCGAGAACGCGGGCGGCGCCCUGGGCCGCAGCGCCGCGGGGCUGCUGGACGACGGCUUCCCCGCGCUGGCCGGGGAGCGGGGCGCGGCGGGCGGGGCGCAGGCGGGCGGCGGCGGGGGCGCGGGCGGGGGGCCCGGGGGCGGCGGGGGCUGUGGCAGCUGCUGCCCGGGUGGCGGGCUCCGGCGGGGGCUCCUGCAGGGCGCGCGCAACAAGCCCUACUCGUGCCCCGAGUGCGGCAAGAGCUUCGGGGUGCGCAAGAGCCUCAUCAUCCACCACCGCAGCCACACCAAGGAGCGGCCCUACGGGUGCGCCGAGUGCGAGAAGAGCUUCAACUGCCACUCGGGCCUCAUCCGCCACCAGAUGACGCACCGCGGCGAGCGGCCCUACAAGUGCUCCGAGUGCGACAAGACCUACAGCCGCAAGGAGCACCUGCAGAACCACCAGCGGCUGCACACGGGCGAGCGGCCCUUCCAGUGCGCGCUGUGCGGCAAGAGCUUCAUCCGCAAGCAGAACCUGCUCAAGCACCAGCGCAUCCACACGGGCGAGCGGCCCUACACGUGCGGCGAGUGCGGCAAGAGCUUCCGCUACAAGGAGUCGCUCAAGGACCACCUGCGGGUGCACAGCGGUGGCCCCGGCCUGGGCGCCCCGCGGCCCCUGCAGGCGCCGCCCGACCGGGACUAG